AUGGUUUCACCAGUGACGGUGUUAAUGGGCGUGUCUGCUGCUGCUGGGGCAGUCAGUGCGGCAGACAUACUGUCCGCCAGCAGCGUCGACGACUUCAACCGUCUCGUAGACGAGAGCGACGGCUUCCCCCGCCAGACGUUCAAGUCGUCGGCUGUGGUGGCGCCGAUCCUGCACGUCAACUCGUGGGACCGCAGCCUGACGGACGACUCGCUGUACCUGUUCAUCGGCAACAACAUGCACCGGGCGGGGGCGGGGGCGGGGCCGAUGAUCUUCGACGCGGCGGACCUGUCGUUGGUGUACGCGGACCAGACGUGGGACAACUCGUACCACUGCGAGCCGCGGACGAUCGGCGGGGAGACGCACCUGACCUUCUGGGCCAGCGGCGGUGGCGACGUGUGCGUCGUGGUCGACUCGGGCUACAACGUCCGGUACCGGCUGCACGCCGCGGCGCCGCACUCCAACGACAUGCAUGACCUGGACGUGACGGACCAGGGGACUGCCGUCUUCACCACCCACCGCACCAUCCCCUUCGACUGCACUCUGUGGGGCGGGCCGGGCCCGGACGAGUGCCUCGUGCACGACACGGGCUUCCAGGAGUUGGACAUGGACACGGGCGAGGUUGUGUUCGAGUGGUUCGCCGCCGACCACUGGGCCCCCGGGGACUCGCACGCCCGCUACGAGGCCGGCGACUUUGGCCUCGACGCCGACCGCAGGGGCGCAUACGACCUCUCGCACCUGAACGGCGCGCGCAAGACGUCGGGGGGCCACUACCUCGUCUCCUCGAGGCACUACUGGCACAUCCAGCUCGUCAACGGCACCUCGGGCGACCCCAUCUGGACGCUGGGCGGGAACGGUAACGACUUCAGAGACCUCAGCGGCGGCCGCGCCACAGACUUCGCCUGGCAGCACAACCCGCGCUUCUACCGCGACGAGUCCCACAUCACCCUCUUCGACAACCACGCUGAGAACCAGGGCGACUGCGGCGACGACUGCCACGCCCGCGGCAUGCUCGUCGAGAUCGACACGGACAACAUGACUGCCCGCCUCGUCAGGGAGUACUAUCACCCCGGUCACCUCGACUCCCUGGCCAUGGGCGGUAUGCAGAUCAUCGAGAGCCAGCCCCGAGGCGAGCGAAGCGACGAGUCAAGAUUCGAGGGGUCAGGUCAAGGCGAGCCGAGCGAGGACCGAAGAGAAGGAAACGCCAUCGUCGCUUGGGGUUGGACCCCCUCAUUCGUCGAGUACACGCCCGACGGACGGGUGGCCAUGGACCUGCAGAAGGGCAAGGUGGGCGUGGGCAGACAAGCCGACAUGUUUGCUUAUCGAGUCUUCAAGGCUCCGUGGAGCGGAAAGCCAUCGUGGCCGCCCAGCAUGGCCGUCGAGGCGGACGGCGAUGAGGCGGUAGUCUACAUGUCGUGGAAUGGUGCUACGGACGUCUCAUCAUGGAAUGUGUACACCACCUCCUCCCCCAUAGACCAAGUCACCAAGUUCGACCCCGUAGCCUCGAUACCCCGCGACGGCUUCGAGACCUCGGUAGUCGUAUCGACGGACAAUCUAGAUCGGUACGUCGUCGUCGCGGCCCUCGACAGGGACGGCCGCAUCCUCGGUACGACGUCGCCGUUUGACGUGGAGCAGCAACAGGAAGAGACCGAUUCCGAUUCCGGUCCUCACCAGCAGAGUCAGACGCAACAGGGGACGAGAACGAGGCAUGCCCUCAGCCUUGGGGGUGCUGCCGUCGGCCUCGGACUCAUCUGUGUCCUGUCGUAUUCUGCUCUGUACUUUUAUCAAAGGUGGAGGGCUGCCGGAGGGAGCGUCGCCAAGUAUGGGAAGUAUAUUCCUCUCAGGGGGAGUUGGUAA